AUAACGCAGUGUGAGAGCGUCAUUGGCCCAACGAGGACGCUUGAACUCAAAUUUUUUUAAUGAACCUCAUACUCGCCGAUUUAUCAAUACUUACAUUUAUUUUUGAUUUUUCUAAUCGUAUCAAUUAAUUAACCAUUAGUUCUCAUGUAUAUAACGUCUUACUGCUUCUUAAAAUAUUAUUUUAUAUUUAAUUAUUCUUCAGAUCAUUUUAAAAUUCAUUUGUCAUAGUUGUGUGUCCUACAAACGCGACUUCGUAAAUGUUGUAGGAUUUAUCCACAAUCUAAAUAAUGAUAAAAAGCUGAGAGAUGUUGUGAUGGCGGAAAGACGGCGGCUUCCGAGCUUGGAGCCAUCAAAAAAUUCACCACUUCCUUCUUCACCACCAUCAAAAAAAUCUAAACUAUCGGAAACUGAUGAAGAUAUCGGAUUAGAGGCAGAAGAAGAGGCUGACAUAAGUCUUGAAACGAGCGAAAUAUUAUCAAGAAGUAGUUCUUCAGAAAAAGAUAACAGUAAAGAAAAUCUGGAGGUCGAUGAUCCAACUCCUGGUCCUUCAAAGGACAAGGAAGACUCACAAGACGUUGAGAAUUCAACAAAAUUUUUGGGUAGGCAAAUAAUGGGAAGGAAAGCAGAUGGUUCAUUAGUUGGUGAGCAUGCUCAUUAUCAAGAAUUAUCUCAGAUCGGUGAUGGAGCUUAUGGGACUGUGUACAAGGCCAAAGAUUUGUCAAGUGGUCAAGUUGUUGCGUUAAAGAAAGUUCGAGUUCCUUUGACAGAAGAUGGACUUCCUACAUCGACUCUAAGAGAAAUCGCUGGAUUAAAACAAUUAGAAAGAUUUGAACAUCCAAAUAUUGUAAGACUCUUGGAUGUUUGUCAAGGAAAUUAUCUUCAGCUUCCAGCCAAUGCCAAGCAAACUGAAUCAAUGAAUCGUGGAAUGAUUUUAUGGUUAGUUUUUGAACAUGUCGAACAAGAUUUAGCUUCUUUUAUUUCUGUAAGCCCACCUGGGGGUUUAUCACCCCAUUUAAUUAAACAAAUGUCCAAAGAGAUUCUUUUAGGGGUUGAUUUUUUACACAGUCAUCGCAUUAUUCAUCGAGAUUUAAAACCUCAAAAUCUUCUAGUAACUCGAGAUGGUAGAAUAAAAAUAGCAGACUUUGGUUUAGCAAAAACAUACGACUUUGAGAUGAGAUUAACUUCUGUGGUUGUAACACUCUGGUAUCGUGCACCUGAAGUACUCUUAGGGUGCCCUUAUGCAACCCCUGUUGAUAUUUGGUCCAUCGGUUGUAUUCUUGCUGAAUUAAACAGGCUUGCUCCUCUAUUUCCUGGAAGCAGUGAAGGCGAUGAAUUAGAUAGAAUUUUCCAAGUAAUUGGUACUCCUAGCCAAGAAGAAUGGCCGAAAAACGUCUCUCUUAGUUGGACUGCAUUUCCACAACGACGUCCGAUGCUGUUAAAAAAUAUAAUACCUCAAAUAGACAGUGAUGGCUUAGAUUUAAUUACCAAUUUAUUAACAUUUAAUCCUCACGUACGUUUAACGGCAGCCCAAGCUCUUCAACAUAGGUAUUUUGUUGAUUCUUCGUAAAAAGUAUUUUUUCUUGUCAAUUUUUUUUUCUUUUAUUAAAAAAUUAAGUUCAAUCGUUAAAUAAUCAUUACGUUGAAACUAAUUUUUGAAAAAUAUUUGUAAAUGUAAAAAAAAAAAAUAUUGGAGUCGAAUAUAUUAUUCAAGUUCACCGUGUAAAUGAAACCAAUUGAACGGUCUUAUGUAGAUUAAUUAUUUAUAUCAAUGUACAUCAUUGUUAAUGACCAAUCAAUGUAUUAUUUUGCGUUAAAUUUAAGAUUUAGUGUAGAGUAUCUUGGAUUUUAAUUUUUAUUACAUGUACAUGGUACAAUUUUGUAAGACUGCGAUCAUAUUGAUCUGUACUAAUUAUUGAAAAUAACAAUGCUGAUGUUAUUCAUA